AUGUACAGUUUCAUGGGCUUAAAUGUUGCUGCUUAUAUCACGAUAUUCCUAAGCAAUACCUCUCAUCAAGUUCGGGCUAAUGCUGCUUGGAUUACAAGUGAAAACUAUGAUAUAUACAAUGCCGGAGAAUAUGGCGAUUGGCCAAAACAGCACUAUCAUUCAUCCGAUUUGAUAUCCCCCCUAUUUCUCGUCAAUAAAUGGAACGAUAGUGCUAUUAGCAAACAUUCCCAUAUUUUCAUGUCACCAACGAUAGACGGAGAAGACAAAUCACCCAUGAUACUUUCCAGCAAAGAUCUAAGUCUAGUUUAUGCGGAUCCUAAAUGGAAUGGUGGUUCAGAUACCAAAUUACAAAUUUACAACGACGGAAAGCCAUAUAUAACAUUCUGGUCAGGUAUCGAUUUUCAAGGUCAUGGAUCUGGUGGGGGGGUAAUGCUUAACAGUUCCUAUGACAAAGUCUACAAUGUCUCUGUGAAUUCGUUAGCUGGAGGUGCGGAUGGACAUGAGUUUCAAUUAACGGAAGAUGGAGGGGCGAUGAUGAAUAAUUACCAUACUACUAUUGCCGAUUGUAGACCGGUGGGUGGUCCUAAUGGUGGGAAAGUUUUGACGGGUUCAUUUCAGGAGGUCGAUAUUGAGACGGGAUGGGUACGAUAUACAUGGAACGCACUUGAUCAUUUCAGCUUGAAUGAAUCUUUCACGACUUACUUCGACGAAGAAUGGGGAUGGGAUUGGUUUCACAUGAACAGUUUACAGAAAACACGAGAAGGACAUUAUUUGAUCUCGAGUCGUCAUUUGAGGAUGAUAGCAUAUAUCAAUGGGACUGAUGGAAGUAAAAUUUGGCAAGUUGGAGGGCAAAACAAUGACUUUUCGGAUUCAAGUGGAGGAAAUGCAACGAACUUUGGGUUUCAACAUGACGCACGAUUCGUCGACGAUAAUUUGACAGAAAUUACGUUCUUUGAUAACCACAACAUGUAUAUGAAUUCGCCCACGCCCAAUUGCACGACAGAUUGUUCUCGGGGUAUGAAGAUCAAGCUGGAUUAUCACGCCAUGACGGUAAAGCUUGUACAUGAAUUUUAUCAUCCGAAAAGCGUACAAGCAUGGGCUGAAGGUGGAAUUCACGCCUUGGAGAAUGGAAAUUUUCUUGUCGGAUAUGGAGUUGUUCCUAGUUUUGCUGAAUUCACGGAUACAGGUGAAGUCGCCAUGGAGGUUCAAACGAGGCCCUGGUACGUUUCUUCUGGACGAGGAACAGAUUUGUAUCGUGUGUAUAAAUUUGAUUGGGUUGCACAACCCUCGUGGAAACCAGUCAUGGUUGAAGUUGAACAGAUUUUAUACAUCAGCUGGAAUGGAGCUACUGAGGUUGAUUCCUGGGCUUUACAAGGAGGAAGUUCCCCAACCACCAUGCAUCAUCUUCUCACUAUGCCCAAAAUUGGAUUCGAAACCGGUGUCCGACCAUCUAAUUCCUCGGCGUUCUAUCAAGCCAUUGCUCUAGACAAAGAUGGAAACGAAUUAGAUUACACGGAAAUUCUCGAGAUGUAUCGACUUUCUUCUCCUACACUCCUCCAUAUUUCAGAAAGUUACAUGACAGCGAUAAAAGUAUUCCCUUUCAUGUGGGCUGCCGUUAUCAUAAUUUCAGUGGCUCUGGCGCGUUUGAGUCUAUGGGUCAGGUUGAAGAAGAGAUUCGGAGGAAAAGAGGAUGAGGUGGAGGAGGGUAUGUGCGAAGAAAGUAAAUCGAAAUUACUUCCGUAA